UUGCCGUUGCUUGUAGCAUAUUUGCAAUGUUCACACCCUGUACAUACUGUAUCUGGCCAGAUUUGGACUAAAUUAGCUUUGUAAAAGGUGUCUCAUCCAGCAGGCUAAAACGGAAUUGCUGCUAGAGAAGACAGUCAGCACCUUUGCAGAAUGAAGAAUGUUGCCAUCGUUCUCACUAUCUCAUGGUUGCUACGGCCAGGAGAAAUGAAAGAGUGGCCUACUCACACAAUCUGCAAGACAAAGGACUUUGAAGCAUAUUAUAAAAGUUGUGAUCCUUUGCAGGAUAUAGGAGUCAGCUUUAAUCCUUGUUCCAGAGUUCUCACAAAACAUAUAACAGCUAAAAUUGGAGUGAUUUUAAGACAAGAUAUCAAUUUGCUUCAUAUGAGUUCACAGUUUUUUUACAAUGGAGCUUACCUAUUUCAUGAGGACAAAUAUUUAUGUGGCUAUACAGCCCCAAAGUUUUCGUUCUGUGGAAAGAAAAAAGGAGAAUUUGUGCUUUACAAUCAUUUUGUAAGUUUUGGAUUUUCAACACUACCCAAAGGAGAAUAUUUUAUAAUGUUGGAGCUUCUGAAUGAACAUGCUUAUAAAGUUGCUUGUGCAAACUUCACUCUCUACAGUCAUUCUCCAGUUUAAUGAUAGUUUUAUCACGUAGUCGGGAUGGUGUCACACUACGCCGCUUUUUUAGCAGUGUGCUUUGCAGCAUUUUCAUUGCAUUUUUGCAAUGCGUCUACAUUUUAGAUGUUGGGCAGCAGUAGCAUAUAAAACACCAAACAAA